UAUUGCGGCAGUAAAAUGCUGUUCCGCUUCGGCGUGGUGCUGCCGGCCCGGGUGACGGAGGGCGGCGCGGAGCUGCUGGUGGCCGGGUCGCGGCCGGAGCUGGGCGAGUGGGACCCGCGGCGCGCCGUGCCCAUGAGGCGAGCGCGGCCGAGCGCCCCGCUGCCCGCCCAGGAGCCCGCGCUGUGGCUGGCGGAGGUGGCGCUGCCGGACGAGGACGCCGCCAGCCCCUUCUGGUACAAGUUCCUGCGGCGGGAGGGCGGCCACUUCCUCUGGGAAGGUAGUGGGCCCCAUCAUGAUCGAAGUUGUGUUUACAACCAGAGCAACAUAGUAGAUGGAGUUUACUGCCUCCCAAUAGCACACUGGAUUGAAGUCUCUGGACAUACUGAUGAGAUGAAACACACAACCGAUUUCUAUUUUAAUAUUGCAAGACAUCAAGCUAUCCAUUACUCCAGGAUUCUGCCAAACAUCUGGCUGGGAAGUUGCCCUCGGCGGCUGGAACAUGUGACAAUCAAGCUGAAGCAUGAGCUGGGUGUUACAGCUGUGAUGAACUUCCAGACUGAAUCUGACAUUGUUCAAAACUCCUGGGGCUGCAACCGCUACCCAGAACCCAUGAGCCCCGAAAUCCUCAUGAAACUGUAUAAGGAAGAAGGUCUUGCCUAUGUCUGGCUGCCAACUGCAGACAUGAGCACUGAAGGAAGAAUACAGAUGUUGCCACAAGCUGUCUGCCUCCUGCACGGGCUGCUGCAGAAUGGACACACUGUCUAUGUUCAUUGCAAUGCUGGUGUUGGCAGGUCCACAGCUGCUGUCAGUGGCUGGCUGAAGUACGUGGUGGGAUGGAGCCUGCGCAAAGUGCAGUACUUUCUGGCUUCCCGGAGACCAGCUGUCUACAUAGAUGAGGAAGCCCUGAAUCGUGCUGAAGAUGAUUUCUACCAGAAAUUUGGGCAUCUUCGUUCCUCAUGGCAUAUACAAGAGUAG